CAAGUACUUUUUAUCCAGUGACUUGCAUUAGAACUGGUUCCUAAAAUUGCAGUGAACUGUUUGGCUCAUGAUCUCUGAAGGAUUGAGUCUAUACUUUUGCUUUCUGAGAGACUUAAGAGUGGACUGACUUUAUGUCCCUUAUUAAUAUGGUUGUGAAUUUCCUAGCUCGUAUGCACCUUCUACGAUAACAGUUUGAAAAUAGUAGACUCUCCGAGUACUUUGCAUGGAUUUUGUGGAGCAUCGGUGACGUGGGAAGAAGGAACUGGCAUUGAAAUGACUAAAGAAGACCCCUUUGUCGAAUCCUCACAUGACGGAAGCUCUGUGUGCAGAAAUUACAGCCCAGUAUCCUCAGAUUCUGAGAGAGCAGUUGUCUACCCAGUAGCUUCUGCACCUAUGCCUACAGAUUGCGACUUUUCUUUCUUUGAUCCACAAGACCCAGCAUGCCAGAGAAUCCUACAUGAUCCCAAAUCGACAAUUUCUGAGCUCUUUGCUAUUUUACGGCAAUGGGUCCCACAAGUCCAGCAGGAGAUUGAUGUGAUUGGAAAUGAGAUUCUGAACCGAGGAUGUCACGUAAAUGACCGAGAUGGUCUUACCGAUAUGACUCUGUUGCACUAUGCCUGCAAAGCUGGAGCUCAAGGUAUUGGAGAUGCCGAGAUUGCAGCCAAGUUUGCUGCUCAGCUCAUAGACAUGGGAGCUGAUGUGACUCUCCGUAGCUGCUGGACAAACAUGAAUGCCUUGCACUACGCAGCUUACUUUGAUGUCCCUGAAUUGAUCAGAGUUGUUCUGAAAGGUGCUAAGCCUGGAGAGGUGGAUGCUACCUGCAGUGAUUUCAGCUUUGGAACUUCCCUGCACAUUGCAGCAUCAAACCUCUGUUUGUCAGCUGUGAAAUCUUUAUUAGAACACGGAGCCAAUCCUGUCUUUAAGAACGACAAAGGGCAGUUGCCGGCUGAUAUUGUUCCUGAUCCACUGGAUAUGCCACUAGAGAUGGCAGAUGCGGCUGCAGUUGCUAAAGAACUGAAGCAGCUGCUUUUGGAUGAAUUACCUCUGGAGUGCGACAUAUCGAUGGCCCUGUUGACAAACUAUGAUCACAUCUCAGGGAAGGCACUACUGAUGUCACUGGGGCUCAAGCUGGGAGAGAGAGUGAUGAUUGCAGGGCAAAAGCUCGGAACAUUGCGAUUUUGUGGCACCACUGAAUUUGCCAGUGGCCAAUGGGCUGGGAUUGAGCUGGAUGAGCCAGAGGGGAAGAAUGAUGGUAGCGUUGGAGGCAUUCAAUAUUUCAGCUGUCCUGACAAAUAUGGCAUUUUUGCUCCACUCUCUAAAGUGAGUAAAGGGCUGGAGCAGAAAAAGAGCUCGACAAAGAACUCGCCAAUUAAGAAUUUAUCGCCUGUUAAGACAUUGGCCCCCGUCCGAUCGCAGAGAAUGGACUUGUCACAUGUAACAUCAAAGAUAAACACAGGUCUUCCUCCUUCCAAAAAGCAUGUUGCAAAACGGUGCACUCCUCCAAUUCGGGACAUUUCCAAACCUCAGAGUGGAACAGAAGCCUCUCUGCCUGGGUCCACCUGCUCCUCCUCUUCUACCUCGUCUGUAGAGAGUAGACAAUCCAGACAAAGGCAGCCACCGGCACUGCUACGGAACCUGUCCCAGCCAAAGAAGCCGGCAAAAAAGCCAACGCCAGCCAUGACCAGGACUGCCACGGGUUUGCGAAAGCGAGCUCCAUCAGUUGGAAACCUGAAGUCUGACGAUAGUGAGAUCCAGAUUGGAGAUAGUGUGGUUGUGGUGGGUCAGAGAAGUGGAGUCGUCCGAUUCUAUGGGAAGACGGAUUUUGCACCAGGUUAUUGGUAUGGGAUUGAGCUGGAUAAACCCAAUGGCAAGAAUGAUGGCUCUGUAGGAGGAGUGCAGUAUUUCACCUGUCCACCAAAACGUGGAGUUUUUGCUCCUCCGUCAAGAGUUCAGAGGCUGACCAAGACGUUGGAUUCUCUGUCCGAUAUUCCUUCCGGUAAAUUGAAUCAUUCAUUUCUAGGUUUCCAGCGGAGUUACAGCAGCUCAUCGGCCCUUCCAUCUCCAAGGGAGCCGAAACGAAAGAUCUCAUCGCCAAGACCAAAAAACGCAGUUUUGCGUCGGAGCUGGAGUAGUGCAAACGGAAGUGCCGCUGAGGGCACCGUGAAACUACAAGAAGGCUCGCAAGUGCUCCUGACCAGCUCCAAUGAGAUAGGUGCCAUCAGGUACAUUGGGCCCACGGAGUUCGCCCCCGGAGUGUGGCUGGGACUGGAGCUGCGCUCGCCUAAAGGAAAAAACGACGGCUCAGUGGGCGAGAAACGCUACUUCACUUGCAAAUCAAACCACGGGGUCCUGGUACGACCGAGCAGGGUCACCUACCGAGGGAUUAACGGAGGCAAAUUGGUGGACGAUAUUCCUGGAUGAAGGAUUGCUGGUAGCAAGGUGAUGGAGGACGGGGAAAGGUGGUAGAUGGAGAAAGGUGGUAGAUGGAAUGUUUGCACGACGAGUGAGUCCGAGCAGGAAAGUGAAGAGGGUUAGAGACGGAGCAGAAGAUUCGUGAUAAGAAUCAAAGUGUGAGAGAGAUGAGUAAACCUUUACAGUGCUAUUUGAAUGGGUGGAGGUUUAUACACAGAUCCACGCAGGCUACAUAUAUUUAACAUGCAGCUUUUGCUUCAAUCUGAUGUCAAUGAGCAUCAAUGUCAGACUGGUGAGAGACAUUUAAGCGACCAGUAGGUUUUAAAUAGACGAUGCUUCAUAACUUUCCUUGGGAGGGGGCAGGAUUCACCUGAGGCUGACCUGGCUUUGAGGAGACAUGAUUGGAAAGAAUCUGGCAUGUAGUCCUAGAGGAUUAGGACAUGUACUCAACCCUGGGAGCCAAAGCCGUAAGGGUAGGAUGAUCCUAGCUGAUUAACCAUUAUUAUUAUUAUUAUUAUAAUGCUUUGUUAUACAAAAGUGACCAAUACUAUCUACAGUAUAUAGGUGUAUGAAAACAGAAACCCAGAGUUAUUUUGUUGUUGGCAUGAUAAAUGGGUACAGUGUUAGCUUGUCACUCUUGAGGAGCAAACGCACAUAAUAAUACUCCUCGCAUUUGAUAUAGCGCCUUAUCACAUCGUCGCGACGUCUCAAAGCGCUUCACAUAACUGACGCAUUGCUUUCAUACUAACUGCCUAUCCCUAGUUGCCCACAACUCCAGGCUGCCUGCCCUUCUUUACUAUUCAAUCAGAACUCCGCCUCGCCCAAAGAAAUCUAGCAUUGUAAAUGUUGUAACGGGAGAAACGAUUCCGCUCAGAAGGCAAAAGGAAAUAUGAUGCACUUUUGAAUUUUUUAAAACAAAAUAAUAUAUAUUUCAAUAGGUUUUCAGAAGAGAUGAGUGUUGUUAUUUUGGAAUAUCGGUGUUUAAGGUGUGACGUCUUGUAUAUUGCCAAUAAUGCACUUCAUAGCACAGUGCAUGCCUCUUAAUGGGAACAGUCACCGUGACCAGCAAUCGUUCCUUUUAACCAUUCACUCCUAUUACGCAAACACCAUAUAUAGAGAUGGUGAUUGACAGGAUUGUGCAAUGUGCCAAAGAGCUGAAGUCAGAGUUCCAGCUGUUUGUGUUUGGUGACAGAAGACUGUAAAGACCGAGUGAAGCUGCUCAGGCUAUCUCCCUUUAUUUUCAGAAGUUUUAUCUGCACUCAUCUGAAGGAGUCAGACCACUGGUUUUAAACACACUGUACAAAUUUGAAUUUGAUUUACCGCACGCAGAUUCACUCUUGCCCAUCAUUUCUGUUUAACGUUCUUACAUCUGCUAAAGCAGGAAUUGAUGCGAUCAAUGGGUAAGAAGCGUGCCUAGCAUGCAGAAACUCCAGUCUAUACUGUUUUCUCUCUUCACCUUUCCUCUCUCCCCCCCCCACCUCCCCCACACACAUACACAAACACAUCAGAAUAUAGUGUAAGGGACCCCUCCUCGAGAAAAAAUGUUCCAUUAACUGGCUUGCACUGUAUAUGAGAGGUUUAGAAAUCUCAAUAGUGUUCGAGUUAAAUAUUGUACGGGUUCAUUGUGUUAUUCGCCUGAGUAGACCAGACCUCUCUGAUCUCUCAAAUUAAAAGUUAGAGACAGUAGUCUUUCCUUCCUUGCCUACGUGGACAAAUAACUCUUCAGACACACAUGCCUGGCAAUGAAAUGUUAUACCUCGUAAUAUGUACAAUGUUAACCUCAUAAUGUUAGAACUAAGUAAUAAGCACUCCGUCCGUUCAUGUUGCAUUGAGGAGGGGAGGGAAGUUGUGGAGGUGGAAGAGUUGGUUCUAAAAGGUAGUUUCAACAAACAAAUCCUUGGUUCUUUCUUUAGUCAGCCACCUGAUUGGGAAAGCCACCAGUCGUAACUGACAGGCUAUUGAAAACCUUUUUUUAUUUUUUUGAAAUGUUUAUGUCCGACAGUUGCCAACAGGCCAACACUUAGGGGAAAAAAAGUGAAUCCGGGUGAGUUUCCCCUGGAAUUAAUAGUUUUAUACGUUUCGAUUAAUCUGUGAGGCUGCUGUGAAAAUGAGGAAGAAAACUCUUUAUUUAAACAGGUUCGUGCUUUCUUGACCUACCCGGGCUGCUGCCCCAUUGAAAUAAGACGACAGAUCCUCAAUAAGGAUUCAUUACCAUACAUCGACCCAAUUCAAUCUGACCUCAGUCCAUUGAUUCCUAAAUUCAAAAUGAUCAAUAAUUUGCAGUUCUCGAGGCACUGUUUUGAAAUCGUCAGUCUUCUGAUGGUAUUUUUUAAAAAUAUACAAAUCAUUUAGGAAGAUUUGGCAUGUAGUUAUUUUUUCAAAUUGCAUCUUGUUUGUGGCUUGUGCUUUCACUUGAUUUAAAGUACCCCGAGGGAUAAUGGACUUGGCUUAUGCACUUUUAAAUAAAUAUAUAUAUAUAUAUAUAUAUCUCUACACACAUUAUUUAAACAUUAAAAGCUUUCUGCCAGCUCAGUAGCUCGAGCAGUUUAGCAUGACUCUUGUUGAAGAAGCAGAGGGAUUCAAGCCUUAGAUGUUGUUCUGAGUUAACCCACAAGGUAGAACCUUUCAUAGAGCAGGGCAAUCACUGAUCCAACUAUUCUCAAUAACCCUUCUGGCACUGCAACCCUACAGGAUGGAGAGAAGAAUAAUUGGCACAUUUAUUAUCACACAUUUGUCUCCUUCAACUCAAUCUAUCUUUUCGUGAUGGUUGGGUGGGGAUUAAGGGCAAUUUGGUUAGGAAGAAACCAUUCCUGAAGGACACAUAAUGUAAGAUGACUGAAAGGUUUUACCAUCUCUUUUAAAUGUUUGGUCUAUAAAAUUCUGUUUGAACUACACUUCGGUAUUUGAAUGAAUUCUGCGGUUACUCUGCGGAUUGAUAGAAAUUGUGCUAUUUUUGGACUAUGACUAUUUUCAGAGUGGUACUCCCACAUACGUACUGAAGUCAGAAUCAAGUCAAAAUAAUUUUUGGGAUGAAUCAGAUCUAUUUUAAUGUACAUUUUAUUUCUCAAAAUGCCCGAAGCCUCACAAAAAUAUAAGAGUUUGUCAACUUUAAACGUGCGCACGUGUCAACAGCAGGCAGCACACAUUUACAACAUCAUUACAGUAUUGAGCACUUCGAUGUAUAGGUUAAGAAAAUGAUCUGUUUGUGCAUUAUAAACACAGCUUUAGUGUUAUAUGACAGACUCUUAACUGCUAACAUAAGUGGGUGAAAUUGUAUUGUCAAAUAAAUAAAUAAAUGAAUAAAUAGUGUUACUUUUUUUCUUAAA